AUUGCAGACCUUAGUUGACAUUACAAUAUACAAAGAAAGCGACCUUAUAGGCAAUGGCUUUGGAAAUGUUCGAUAAAGAAACAACCCUUGCAAUGCGGAGAAGACUGAUUGGACAAUCCUGUCGACUUUUCUUCUCGGGUGAUCCAAUUAAGAUAGUGAGAGCUCGAGGACAGUAUCUGUACGACGAGAAUGGGACACGGUACCUUGACUGCAUCAGCAAUGUUCAGCACGUGGGGCACUGUCAUCCUGCCAUUACCAAGGCUGCCACAGCUCAAAUGGAACUCCUGAAUGCCAACAUGCGCUUUCUGCAUGACAACAUUGUGCGCUACGCUGACCGUCUCUCCGCCACACUCCCAGACAAGCUCUGUGUCUUCUAUUUUGUCAACUCUGGUUCAGAGGCCAAUGAUCUUGCUCUGCGAUUGGCUCGUCAAUACAGCCAACACGAUGAUGUCAUAGUGCUGGACCAUGCAUACCACGGACACCUGACUUCUCUGAUCGACAUCAGUCCAUACAAGUUCCGGAAGCUGGGAGGGCAGAAAGAGUGGGUUCAUGUGGCACCCCUGCCAGACACUUACAGGGGGCAGUACCGCGAGGAUCAUCCCAACCCAGCGCAAGCCUACGCUGACACUGUGAGGGAUUUGAUAGAGGAGGUCCACAAAAAAGGCCGCAAGAUUUCUGCAUUUUUUGCAGAGUCCUUGCCCAGUGUUGGAGGCCAGAUCAUCUUGCCUAGUGGUUACUUCCAGAAGGUAGCGGAGUACGUGCGUGCCGCCGGUGGGGUGUUUGUGGCAGAUGAGGUGCAGGUGGGGUUUGGCCGCAUGGGGAGCCAUUUCUGGGGGUUCCAGCUUCAGGGUGACGACUUCUGCCCCGACAUUGUUACCAUGGGCAAACCCAUGGGCAACGGUCACCCACUGGCAUGCGUGGCCACCACCCAGGAGAUUGCCGGAGCCUUCACGGCCAACGGCGUGGAGUACUUCAACACGUUUGGUGGGAACCCCGUGUCUUGUGCAAUCGGACUGGCGGUGCUGGAUGUGAUGGAGGAGGAGAAGCUACGGGAGCAUGCCACAAGGGUGGGGGGGCACCUCAUGGAACUGCUGGGCCGGCUACAGACCAAACACACCAUCAUUGGAGACGUGCGAGGGGUGGGGCUGUUUGUGGGCAUGGAACUGGUGAGGGACAGACAGGACCGGACCCCCGCCACAGAAGAGGCUGCGCAGCUGGUGUGGAGGUUGAAGAAUGAGAUGAUCUGUGUGAGUACAGACGGGCCAGGGGAGAAUGUUAUCAAGUUUAAACCCCCCAUGUGCUUCAGCACCGAAGAUGCAGAGCUGGUGGCAGAAAAGAUAGACCGCAUUCUCACCGAUAUGGAGAACAUGGACAGACAAAAGACAGAGACAUGAGACACUUCCUUUUCAAGGCAACUUUGAACUUCCCCAAGAGGAAAUCAAAUGAAAUGGACACACGGAAUUCUCAUCAGAUCCAGUUUUGACCACUGUGAUUUUUUUUGAAGGGGGCUCUUGCAAUGGGCUGACAUGAUCAGAUCAAUAGUGGACAUCUACAAGCAAAUAGGUUUAAAAGCAAAGGUUUUGCUUCAGCAACUCUGCACCAGCUGAAGAGGUUGUUUGCAUGCAAUUGCCUUCAUAAACAACUGUCAAAACUUGGUGAAUGGAUUUCUUACCUGGCAGAACCAAGAAAGCCUGCACAAGGAGGUACCCUUGUAAAAUCGAUCGAAUCAUUGUUUGCAAGCUACAGGUGGCCAGUCGCAGCCACACUGCAGCUUCCUACGCUGCACUUUCACCCAAGAUCCUCUACAAGCAAAUUCAGUGCACAAACUUCAUAGCUUCACUAGUUAAUACCUGGGUCUCACGGAUAGUGACUUUGCCCCAUAAACAUUCAAAAUGUGGACAGAGGGGCCAAAGUUUGACUACAGC